AACAGGAGCGGGGGGGAUGUAAAGGCAGCGUUGCAAGGAUCAUGAUACCUGUAGAGCACUUGUGAGCGGUGCCCCGCUUACAAACGACUGCUUCGCACUUUUGUGUCGGUUUCUGCUCCCCUUUUGCUGUUUCCCCGGAAUGAAAAGGACUUGUGAAAGAAAGGCAGCAAAGGACCCCGGCUCCGUAAAGGAAGCUGUGCAAUCCCACUUCUGAGAGGUGAGGUACGAUUCUGAAAACUAGUCCUUGCUCUCUUCGUCUUCAGUAGUUCCGAAUGCCUGGUCGGGCUUAUCUCUCUGUGUAUCCCUCCUCCAGCGACUGUCAUCACUGUGACAUGCUGCUUUCGAAAGCCUCUGUCAGCCGUCGAAUGGCUCAUUCUGGCUCUUAGCUGUGGAUGAGGUGGGGACAUGCUGGCCAGCAUGGAGAGAUGAGUGAAACUGUGUUGGUGAUUUUGAUCACUGUGCCGGCGGCAGUGGAAGUAAGCCCAGGGCACCUGGAUGCAUUCCUGCUAGAAGGGAGAUGGAGAUAUUUACCCAUGGAGAAGAGUCUGGUUAACCUUGACAGGAACAUGGUUGGAUGGCUUCUCAACACCUCAGUGGCUUCUUUUUAAUUCAACAAAGUCCCAAAAGUGAGAGCUUUGUCUGCAAAGGAGAACUGGCUAAGAUGUGUAACAUCUAGUGGCGCCUGAAGAGGAACCCUCGGGAGCUGGUUUCGUUGAUCGUCGCCAACCAGCACCGUGGCCGACUCUCACUUGUCUGGCUCCAUGGGAAGCUACAACAUCAGCUCUCCCGCCGCCAGUGCUUGGAACAUCACUGGCAGCGGCCCGUGGUUGCUUGCCUUCAUGCUGACUGCCAUCAUCCUCAUGACGGUCUGUGGCAACAUGUUGCUCAUCGCUGUGGUGUUCGCCCAUCGCUCUUUGCGUUGCACCUCAAACUGCUUCCUGGUGUCCCUGUUCCUAUCUGACCUGAUGGUGGCAGUGGUGGUCAUGCCGCCGGCCAUGCUCAACGUCCUGUGCGGGGCCUGGGUGCUGUGGCCGGCCUUUUGCCCCAUUUGGCUCUGCUUCGACGUCAUGUGCUGCAGCGCGUCCAUCCUCAACCUGUGCGUGAUCAGCCUGGACCGCUACCUCUUCAUUAUCUCGCCGCUGCGCUACAAGCAGAGGAUGACCCCGCCCCGGGCAUUGCUCCUGGUGGGAGCUGCUUGGGGCUUGGCGGCGUUGGCCUCCUUCCUGCCCAUCGAGAUGAAGUGGCACAGCUUGGGACACGGGAGUGUACACGCGUCGGCCCCGGGGGUCAGCGGUGGCAACAUCAGCUCUUACUCUGACACGCUGUACCCAGCAUCCUACUUUCAGCUGUCACCAUCAGGGGGGCUUUCCUUCCAGUGCCGCCUGCAGGUCACCCUGCCCUUUGCCCUGGUGGCGUCCGUGGUCACGUUCUUUCUGCCCUCCAGUGCCAUUUGCUUCACUUACUGUCGGAUCCUCCUGGCGGCGCGGAGGCAGGCUAAGAGGGUCGCGGCAAUGAGCAACCCGCCACACCCGCACCCCUCUUUAGGCGAGCCUUCCAGGCCUCCUUCACCUGGGGUCGCAGCGGGGCAAGUUCACCAGGACGGAGAUGACUGCAGUCACCAGGAACCUCCCGUGUCACAGAAUGUACCGCCGUCAGUGAACAGCGAGCGUCGUCUGGCUCACAGGCAGGGUCGGAGGGCACUGAAGGCCAGUCUGACUUUGGGAGUCCUCUUGGGACUCUUCUUCAGCGCUUGGCUGCCCUUUUUCAUCACCAACAUGGCCCAGGCGGUGUGUGAGUGCGUCCCCCUGGCGCUCUUCGACGCCAUCACCUGGCUGGGCUACUGCAACAGCACCAUGAACCCCAUCAUCUACCCGCUGUUCAUGCGGGACUUCAAGCGGGCACUGGGGAGGCUCCUGCCCUGCUGCUCCUCGAAGUCGCCCAGGAGACCCUCGCCGGCGCUCUCGCUCUCCCUCCGCAACUCCGGGGAGCCGAACGCCGCCAGCAGCCCCGCCUCCCCACUGGCCUCCGACCCCACGCACCCUCCCGCCACCGCCACCGACGCGGUCAACCUGCUGGACGCCGAGCACGCCGGCGUCGAGCUGCCUCUGCUUCUGCCCAAUCAGGUCGACACUCUGGAUUGAGUAGCAUUUAUGGAAACGCCCCAUGUGUUGUUGUUCCAGGUUUUGUGGUGUGGAAGUGAUUGAAGACAUGUAUUGUCACAGAAAAAAAAAAUGUCUAUGGACAGAAAUUCAGGAAGCUGCACCCUUGUUCUACCUUGAAUUGUGUGUUUCUCUCCAAUCAUGAAUUAUUAUGAGUUAUUGAUACCAAAACAAAAGCCAGGGACUCUUGAAGAUCAUCAGUGCCAGUAUUCAAUGUAAUGACAACCUUGAAACUAUGUGGUAAGCAGCGCUUUACAUUGGCAUGGGUGGAACAGAGAAAGACACAUUCAGUGAAUCCCCCCCCCCCCCCCAUGGAGUUUAAAUUGCAGUAAUAAUAGCCAUAGCAACCAGGCCAACGGAUGAAGAUGAGAAGGGCGAGAGGAACAGAGAUAUCACCUGCAAAACACAAGUAACAUGUACAUCUCAAAGUGACUUUAAAAAAAUGACACUAUUCACAGUUUAUAAAAAAAAAAAAGUACUUAAUUUAAAAAAAAUUCUAUUAAAUUAAUACAUUCGUCUAAAAACAUUUUGUGGUUCGUCAAAGCAGUUCAUUCAGGGGAUUUUCACUCUCGGCUGUGAGUGUGCACCGGCUCUUCAGCCGUCUCUGCCGUGUCAGUGGUCAGUGUGUUGAGAACGGAACGGAAAUGUUCUCCAACAAAAGCUUUGAUGCUGGAAAAAAAAGAAAACUUGAGAAGACAAGCUUUUUUUUUUUUUUUACAGGGAAGCAGCCGGUCCCAGUGACAUGCUCUUUACAAGUCUGGCUGCCUUUGUUUGUGUGUGUGCUCUGUGGUCCAGUGUGUAUCGUCCCAGCUCCACGAUGCGUGUUCACUAUCAGGCUCGGCGUCCUCCGCGCUGCCGAGCGGGGCGUCGGGAGCAGACGCUGUGUCGUCAUCGCUUGCCUUCUCCUCAGAAGUCCGUGGCGAAGUGUUCCUGUCCGACUCCGCAUCAUGUAACGAGUCCAGCAGGUGCGAAAUAUCAGGGAUGUCCCAGCCAUCACCCGCCUCCUCCGUCUCCGCCGACUCUCUCACGUCUCCAUUUUCCCCCGCCUCAGCCUCCUCCGCUCGCCGUCGUGUCUCAGUCGCUUCUUGCUCGCUGGGCGUCUUGUCAGCAACGUCCAGCGUCCCUGGAAGCACAAAGGAGGCCCCUGGGAGCACAAAGGAGGUCCCUGGAAGCACAAAGGAGGCCCCUGGAAGCACAAAGGAGGCCCCUGGGACUUCCUUGGUGGGAACUCCUACUGCCACCAAGAUGGUGUCCAUCUGGCGCAUGUAGUCCAAGUGACCUUUCACCUGGGAGACAGAAGCAUGGGUUUUACUGUUGCCGACUAAAAAAAGGACACACGUUGCUUUGUAAGUGACGGCGUCUGAUUUCAGUUUUCUUAUUCCCUCACAUCACAUGGCCUGUCAUAUAGCGUACGGUGCUUCUGACAUGUCUCGUAUCUUUUUACCUCUCUUUUUUAAAAUGUUCCCCUUAAACCUCUCAAAUACUUCACCUAGUUUUUUUCUUCUUAUAUUCUAAUUUUAUUUAAGCAAUACCACUGCCUCUUUUAAAUAAAAUGAUGUAUUUCAUAAUUAUGCAUCGAUUAGUCAAGGACCACCUUGUAUCAUACUUGUGUAUCUGAGGCCACUGCUGCAGGUGCUUUUUCUCCUCGAGAGGCGAAAACCUUGAGGUGUUGAAUGAGCUUCAGCUCACAUGCACUUGGAAAGCUAUUCAUUAAGGGGUCUUUAGCGGGGGCCUGAUGUAAAUGUGAGCUCUGACUCACCACGGAGGAGAGAUCCACAUUGAUUAGACGCCGAUCCUGGAUGUUGAUAGGCUGUAGCCCGGCGACAGACAGUUGUGCAGCUGAGCUUCGGUACAAGAACCCCAGGAGCCAGUCCCCUCUGAUCAGUGGACAGUUCGAGAGAGUAAAUCACUCGUGAGAUGCUUAAAUCACAAUUCCUGCUGUCCAGGCGGUAGUUUCAGCGGCUAAACCAUGAGUACACCGAAACUAUGAAAGUCACUGCAAGCUUUUACUGUAAAAGAAUAAAUAAAAACGUGGCCGUUUCAGAUUACCUGCAGUAGCCGUUGACUAUUUUUCCAGCCACUACCCUGGUCAUUCUCUCCCAGGCCUUCUCAGAGCCGUCCACAGGGGCCCCCAAGAGGACUACAUCCUCUACUACUCCUUCACUUCCUGGGGAAUCACAACAACACAGGACUCAAUUGGUUUGUCUGUGUAAAAUUAUUCUAUUACACAAGGCAUAAACGCUUUUAAAUGGAUAUUAUUUAGGGCCGUCAUCAAAACAAUUCUACUUAUCAGAUGAGUGUGGCUUUUAAAAGCCGUGACUCCUCACAAAGACCAUGGACAGUCGGUCAUAAAACUCUAAAAGGUCUUCGUACCUUGGUCGUUGGCGAGCUCCUGUAGACAGUAGUAGAUCACUCUGGCCCCGAGACUGAACCCUAUGAGGCUGACGGGACGCUUCCCCUUCAAACACACGGAGAAAGAGAAGAGAUGCACCAUUCUGGAGCCUAACGUAGGCUCACCAUUCUGUCUGAGCGAGAGCUCAUAUUUCAGCAUUUCAUUCAAAGUCUCGUUCUAAAUCGACAAAUCGAACAGAAACAUCACGGUUCCAGUCGAGCUGAUGCAGUUAAUAAUGUGUUUUUACAGAAUGUGUAGAACAAACCCUGACACGACACUGUGGUACACUACAGUAAGGGAGGGUGAAUAGGGUCAACUGUAUUUUACUAACAGAUGUCAAAAUGGAACUUCCCCUGUUGAUUUCUGACAUUAAGACAUUUAUGUUUUGUAUAAUACAUUUACUGAAAUUGUAUGUUUAAAUAUGAUAAAUAUGG